CCAGACCCAAAUCACCCCAAUCCAAUACCCCAAAUCCCGUAAUUUUUUGAGCAUUUUCAAUUAAAAGACAUAUGUACAUAAUUUUUUUUUGUAAUUCCAUCUUUAAUUUACCCUGCACUUCUCGUAGAAUAUUAUCGAUAAGGCCAUAACUGCCAUUAGGUAUUACUGCAUUAGAAAUCAAUACCUACAAAGCAAAAGUUUAUUCAAAUGGAAGUGAAAAAAGAAGUUGAUGAGGAAACGUACAAAAUAGAAAUAGAUACUGACUGAGGUGAAUAAUGCUCUUCCAGAUAGCUUUAAAAUUGAAAUUAAGGAAGAACCCAAAAGGGAAAAUACACAUGAUACAGGUGAUUAUGUAGACUUACAGAAAAUUCCGGUAAAGAUUGAAAUAACACAAGAUGAACAUAAAUUUCUGCCAUUGGAACAAAGAAAAACAAAUGAAAAGGGGUUUCCACAAGACGAGAACACAUUGGAAAUUAUGAAAACGAUACAUGUACAUUCAAAUGAUAAGAAAGAACAUAUGAGCCAACCUGCUGAAGAACAAACAAUAAAAUGUGAAAUUUGUGCUAAGCAGUUUGCUAGAAAAAGGUAUUUAAAUGCACACAUGAUAAUUCAUGCUGGGGAAAAACCAUACAAGUGCGAAAUUUGUUAUAAGAAGUUUAGUAUGGCACAACAUUUGAAACGUCAUAUAGCAACGCACACUGGAGAAAAACCUUACAAGUGUGAAAUUUGUUGUAGGCAGUUUAGUGAAGCACAUCAUCUGAAAGGUCAUAUAAGAACGCAUACUGUAGGAAAACCUUACAAGUGCGAAAUUUGUUAUAAGGAAUUUACUACAAUAACUAGUUCGAAGUAUCACAUGAGAUUGCACACUGGAGAAAAACCAUACAAGUGUGAAAUUUGUAUCAAGCAGUUUUCACAACCAGGUAAUAUGAAACAACAUAUGAGAUCUCAUACUGGAGAAACGCCUUACAAGUGCGAAAUUUGUCUUAAGCUGUUUCCUACAAUAACUAGUUUGAAAUGUCACAUGAGAUUGCACACUGGAGAAAAACCAUACAAGUGUGAAAUUUGUUGUAAAGAAUUUAGCGAUUCACGUAAUUUGAAAACACAUUUUAGGUUGCACACUGGAGAAAAGCCUUAUAAGUGUGAAAUUUGUUUUAAGCACUUUUCUCAAAAAGGCCAAUUGAAAACACAUAUGAUGACACACACUGGAGAAACGCCUUAUAAAUGUGAAAUUUGUUCCAAGCAAUUUACUCAAAAACGCCAUUUAAAUGAUCACAUGAAAGUUCACACUGGACAAAAACCUUACAAGUGCGAAAUUUGUUAUAAGGAGUUUGUUCGAGCACACAAUUUGAAAAGUCAUUCAAGAGUACAUACUGGACAAAAAUCUUACAAGUGUGAAAUUUGUUAUAAGGAAUUUGCUCGAGCACACACGUUGAAAAGUCAUUUUAAGGUGCACACUCGAAAAAACCUUAUCUUAGGUGAAGCAGUUUUCUCAAGCAGACAUUCUGAAUUAACGUAAGAAAUUACGAAUCGAAAAAAUUUCUUUGGGGGAACGGAGCAAAAUGCAAAAUUUUGUCGCAUGUCAAAAUUUUCAAUGUGUUUUAAAUGUAUUAAUUUUUUUUUGAAUCCUGAGAAAACUAAUAAAUAUUUUUUAAAAAUUUAAACGCAGAAUGGAAGAUUACAUUAUUACCGAGGGCCGAAAGUUCCUGAAAACUUCUAUAAUGUUUAUUUUAAUAAGUUACAGGGGUGAAAAUAAAAGAGAAAAUUUAGUGAGAUAAUUAAUUGCAAAUAUUUCUUUCAAAAGAAACUUUUUAUUUAUUCUAAAAGACUUUCGGCCCUCGGUAAUAAAAUAGUCUUUCAUUCUGCGUUUAUAUUUUUUAAAAAUACUUAUUAGUUUUCUCUGGAUUUAAAAAAAAAUAAUAAAUUUAAAAUACAUUGAAAAUUUUGACAUGCGUCAAAAUUUUGCAUUUUGCUCCGAUCCCCUUAACCUUUUCGGAACCGUGCUAUAAAAACUCACGCUGCAGGCCGUGCGAGGUAACUAUGGUACCCCACUAAAAUACUUUAAUAAUUCAUUUAAAUUGUACAUUAUUGUUUGAAAAGUUAUAUAAUAAAACACUAGUAACUGAAAUAA